UUUUCUCUAGGUGGAGGCUUAGUGGUUGGAUCAGUACUUCUAAUAGAGGAGGAUACAUUUGGAAGCUAUGCCAAUUUGCUGCUCCGCUACUUUCUUGCUGAAGGAGUAAUGUGUGGACAUGGAUUAAUGGUGGCAAGUGCAGAAGAGCAGCCAAAACAUUUGCUAAAGGCAUUGCCUCAUCCUGUAGAUGAUGACAAAGAUAGUAAGACUACUCAAAGAAUGGAUGAAGAGAAGAUGAAAAUAGCAUGGAGAUAUCAACACCUUCCACAACAUCAGGUAUCAGAAACAGGUCAGCAGUUUGGUCACAGCUAUGAUCUCAAUCGUGUAAUGGGUGAAUCGAGACUGACCACUGUCAAAACAAAUUGCUUCUAUCUUCCAUCUGAAAAGAUUUCUCUUCAUGAUAACAGUAUUAAUCAAGCCUAUCAGAGAUUAUUCAGUAAAGUUGAGAGUGAGAUUAGUGAAGGUGGAUACAGCCUUACCGCAGAUGCUGCUAAAUCACAGGGUGUGACAAAUCGCAACAUUCUUAGACUAGGGAUCCACUCAUUAGCUUCGCCCCUUUGGGAAGUCAACUCUAUUCAGCAAUCUACUGUGUCCUUGUGUAGGUUUCUCCAUGCACUCCGAGGGAUAUUAAGAGUCUCAUUGGCUGUAUGUGUACUCACUAUACCUACACACUUAUAUCAGGAUGAAAGUAAAGUUAGAAGAAUAGAGAGACUCUGUGAUACUGUUAUCAGACUUGAAUCAUUUGCAGGGUCUGAUAAAGAGACUAAUCCAGUUUAUAAAGAAUACCAUGGUUUAUUUCAUAUCCGUAGACUUCCAAGACUCAAUUCACUAUCUAGUUACCUUCCUGAUACUCUGGAUCUGGCAUUCAAGUUACGUAGGAAGAAGCUUACUAUCGAGAAGCUUCAUCUUCCCCCAGACCUCUCAGAGACUGUAAGUAGAUCUCAAGAAGAUUCUGCUAAGAAAGCCGCUAGGAAUGCCUCAGCUUUAGCAUUCAGCUGUUCAUCAUCACUAACAGAAAGAAAACUUGAUUUCUGAGACUUUUUGGAGACAGAAAUCAAGAUAUUGUUUAUAAUAACUACUUGGAAUGACUGGGCUUUGGUAUUCAGCUGUGCAUUAUCUCUUUUGAUAUGAAAACUAGACUUCUGAAAUUCAAAGAUCUCUCAGAGCGUGUGAUUUUCAAUACCCUUUCAAGAAAUCAAGAUCCUGUUGAUAGAAACUGCAAUAAACUUUAGUGUUAGCAGUGCAUCAUUACAAGCAGAGCGAAAAAAAAUUAAACUUUGUUGAGAUUGUAGUUUUCAAGAUCUCUUUCAAGAAAGCAAGAUACUGUUAAUAAUAGCUACUUGGAAUGCCUUGCUUUUCAGCUUUUAACUGUGUGUCAUCUAGUGGAGCAGAAACUUGACUAGAUUUUGUGAGAAAAAAGGACAUUCAAGAAAUGUUUACAAGACUUUCUAGCACUCUAAAUAAUCAAAACAUUUUUUAGAAAACUAUGCUGUGAACAAUGAUCAGAGUAGAAACCUAUUAAACCUAUUAAACCUAUCUAAGCCGGGGCACCUGGCAUGCCCCCCUUGAGAUCUUGACCGUCGACUUCGUGAUGGCAUAGAAAAUUGGCAUGCAGGUUGUCUGGGACAUACUCUCCAAAAUUGUAUAGUAAUUCAUGUCAUGCAAAUUGCUAGUAAGUGAUUAUGCUAAUUUAUGUUUAACUAGUAUGCAAAAUCAUACUUUUUUCUCUACCUCCCUAAAUGAAGCUCCAAAUGUUUUAAUUUUUGGUAUAAAAAUUCUUUGUGGUGUUCUUAGCAAAUGUACAUGAAAAAAAUUGCAAUAUCAGAUCAAUUUCUUAUGUAUUAUAUUGUUUUUUGCAAUUUCUUAUUUAUUUCUUUGUUUUUGACCUUUUAUUUGUCAUUGUUAUUGUUAUAAACUUUGUUGGGGACUCUUUUUGCAAUCAUGAACAGCUUAAAAUGAAUCCAUUUAGACCAGCAAAACUAAAAAUAAUCAUACAUUUAUUGUUUUUGGUUGAAUACUCAUUUUGCAUUGAUUUUUGUACACAAAAAUCAUGUUUUUCUUAGUGAUUUUGGGUCUGACAUGCACUUACAAUGUGUGGUGCAAUUUCAGAACCGCGUACCUGGGUGUCGCAAAAUUGGUCUCAAAAGAUGCACAAGACUUGAAAGUAAAAAGUCAGUGAGCGGCGCGGUCAAACAAAAAUUUGCACGGUGAAAAUAUUGCGCGAAUCGUUGAGGCCCCCCCUCCCCAUCCCCCCCUCGGCCUAGAUAGGGUUAAGGGGAAAUAUAGGCUGAUAUCUGCAUUGCAAACUAGAUACUGUCUUGAUUGGAUUACAAACACUUAGUUUAAUAAAGAAUUCACUUUACAUGGUCUAACUUCA